AUGGUCUAUAAAAUCAGAAACAAGGGCUUCAACAAUACAGCUGCCGCUAUGAACCCUAGAGUUUUCCCAGCUAAAAAGACCAAGAUUCAUGCUGAUCUUAGCAGAUACGUCACCAUGCAAGUCCACAUCACCAGAUACAAUAGCAUGAGAAUCCUUCACAACUACAGAAACAUCUCAAGAGCCACCAAGCAAUUCCUCAUGGGAGAUAAAAUCUACGAAUAAAUAAUGAUUCUAACUAUUAAAGAGCAUUUCUUCAGACCUAUGUACUACAAGUCUCCAAUUGAGAAUGCUUUCUAUAUUGGAAGAACUUUAGCUGAUUUAACUGACCGUCACUACGCCAUGUUUGCAAACAACUCUCAUCCAUUGUAACUCAGCGCUUACGAAGAGUACAACAGAUUCUUGAGAGAUGUCCACAGCAAGGAGCACCAAGAUAACAACAGAGCCAUUCGCGAUCGUUUAGAUGAGGUCGCUACUGAGAGAAGAUCCCUCUUGAACACUCAAGAUGGAGAGUCCCUUUCCUUCGAUGACUACACAGACAUCUAUUGCCAAGUUAUGGGAGAGCAUAGAAACAAGUCCAAUUUCUCUCUCGCCACCAAAUCCAAGACUGGAGAGAUCAACGACUACCUCGAAGUCAGAAGACCAUUCGGAGCUGCCCAAUGA